AAAUGCACUAAUUGCAGUUUGGAGAGAAAAAAGUAUGAUAGCCACCAGGCCAAAUCAAGGCGAAAUCCGGAAAAAUAUCUAUCGAUCAUUCUUGAUGGCAUGGAUCAAGCAAAGACUCGCCUACCUUAUUAUUAUAUAGGUUCAAAGAUCGAAGGUGAACAUGUCAGCUUUCUAAAAGUGCAUGUUACUGGAGCUAUAUCUCACGGCAACAACACGGCCAUGUGCUUUUUGGAUCUCAUGCGAUGGCCACAUGAUGCUAAUUCCACGAUGAAUUUCAUGCUCGAGACACUGCGAAGACAUAAACUUAAGAACGGCAGACUUCCGAGUACUCUAUACUGGCAAAUGGACAAUUGCUACAGAGAUUGCAAGAAUAUUUACAUUCUUGCUUUCUGUUCACUGCUAGUGAUGACUGGUGUUUUUAAGAAGGUACGGUUGUCGUAUUUGAUAGUUGGACAUACGCAUGCUGAUGUAGACCAGUAAUGAUGUUCAGACCAUAUCUAAACUGCGACAAGUAAUAUUCAAGUCGUAUACACCUCAUCCCAGCACAGUCUAUAUAGAAAACAUAUACGACUUUAAAAAGUGGAUGACUCCAUAUCUGGAGAGACUCAAGUAUCAUAGUCGGCCUCAUGCAUUCCGAUUCAAGAGAGACUCGAAAG